AAUGUAUGCAAUAGUCUUCCUCUGGGGUGACUGUAAGAGGGCUCUCCUGUCUCUGUGCGCAAUGAGCUGUCGCUGCGCAGGACCUGAAGAACAAACACUUCAUAUGGACUGUCUUUGUAAACGCUGCAGUUAUGCGCUGAUAUAUGUUCAUAUACGCUUCCCGUCGUAUCUGGCCGAUUAUUCUCAUCGAUUAUGGAUCCAUCGACUCAUCUGAAUCUAAGUUUUAGAGCGCUGAAAUACCCGGUGUGCUCCGAAUGGAGAGAACACCCCGAAGGAUCAAGGUUUCAUCUCGCCCAUAUUUUGCUGGUUUUAGGAUUCAUGGGAGGUGGUGGCUUUUACGGAUUGCUCUACAUGUUCUGCUUUUUAACGCUCGGGUUUUUCUGUUACUUGAUCUGGUCGUGGUCCGAUCCCUGCACAACGGACUCGUUUUCUUGGACUCUUGCGCUUUUCGUCUUGUGUUUGGCGCAAGUUGUCCAUGUGUCAUACCGCCUGCGAAGCGUCACAUUUGCUAAGGAGUUUCAGGAUCUCUAUAAUUGCAUGUUCAAAAAGCUGGGAGUGUCUUUGACACACUUUGGGAAGAUCGUGGAAUGCUGUGAGGGGGAUAUCCAUACAAUUGAGAAAGACCACUGCUUCGCUAUGGAGGGCAAAACCUCCAUCGACAAACUGUCAGUACUCCUCUCGGGCAGAAUACGGGUGACGGUCAGCGGGGAGUUUUUGCACUACAUCUACCCCUUUCAGUUCCUGGAUUCACCUGAGUGGGAUUCUCUCAGACCAUCCGAAGAGGGCAUUUUUCAGGUGACGUUACGCGCAGAUAGUCGUUGUCGGUAUGUGGCUUGGAGACGCAAGAAACUCUAUCUGAUGUUCGCGCAGCACCGCUACCUCGCCAAGAUCUUCGCGCUGCUGGUGCGCAACGACAUCACGGAGAAGCUCUUCUCUCUGAACGACAAGGCUUUCGACAGCCGCGGGUUCCGCUAUGAUCUCCGUUUACCGAGCUUCUGUCACGGGCCGGAGCCAGAAAUAGAAAAUACGCGUCAAUCCCGGCCAGUUCUGGUACAGAGUGCACCAAAACCAGUGGAAAGAGACUGUUGAGAAUCAAGGAGGUCUCUGAUUGGGAUUUCCUACAGGUCUUAUUGUACUCAAUGCUCCUUAUUUUUUGGCAUGCAUAUAGUUUCCUAUUUCAUAGUGCUUUCAAUUUAACCCUAGAAUGCAUAUUCAACUUCACCCCCAUACAAUGCAAUGCAUAUGAAAAUUUCUUAUUUAAAAUGAACUGUAAUAAUAGCCUAAUAUUGUAUUUAUGAUUUAGGUUUCCAAAUAGUUGAUAUAUAUUUUAUUCAAUUCUAAAGAGUUUCACACACAUUGGAAAUAGAGUAGGAGAUUUGGGUGACUGUAAAAAGUUCAAUAUAACAGACAAUGGGCAAUUUUCAUGAUUGGUGGUAAAAUAUGAAAUGUCUCUACAGCCAUGCCCACACAAAUGCACAAGUACAAUGGACUGGGAUCAAAUAUUUUAUUGUAUUGUAUUUUAUUCGUAUUAUUUUUGACUAUUUUACAAUAAAUUUAGUUGUAAACUUGAAAAAUUACAACCUUUUGCGGUAUAUUGCUGUAUGACACUAUUUCUGUAUUACUUUAUGAAGCUAUAAUUGUUGUUUGGAGUGGUGAGGUGUUCUGAAAAAAAUAAAAAUAAAAAUAAAAAAUAAAAAUUGCAGAUUCAAAUAUGCUAAGAAGUAGUCCAGGAGCUGUUACCAUUGUGCCCUGAACUAGGGUGUUUGCUCCGUGUGGACUGUUCCUGUGAUAGGUAUAAGCACUUUGGCUAGAAGCAUCAGCUGAAUGAUAUUUCACAUAAAUAUAAAUGUGAACAUGGUAUUUAACAUACAUUUAAUUAAAUAGCAAAUGAAAACUAACAAUAAUCAAUGUAUUACAAGUAUAAGUGUUCAGUGCAUUGAACACUAAAGUAAACGCACAUGCAUUUUAGGGUAAUCAAUGCAAACUCUUAUAAUAAAAAAAUAAAUAAAAAAUAGUCACCUAAAUAAAAAUCGAGUGGCAGAUCAAAAGCCCACUUCUUGUAAAAACUUUAGUAGACAGCCAUGUCAUUUUUGACCCAUAUAUGCAUUUAUGUCUUAUGUCUUUGUCUUUUGCUUUCUUUCUUUUUCUUUUUUUCUGGUUGCAAAAUGUAUCAGUAUUGAAAAAUACAUUUCUUCUUAUUGAACAUUU